CCUGGUAACGGCCGCAUGGUAACGGAGAGAACUCGCGGCACGCAGCACUCCCGCCGCCGUAGCCGCCUUCGCUAGCCGUCCAGCCGGUCAGUAGCCGCCGCAGCCUCGCCAGCCAAGCUCCCGGCGGCAAGAUGAAGAUCGAGGAGGUGAAGAGCACCACGAAAACGCAGCGCAUCGCCUCGCACAGCCAUGUGAAGGGGCUGGGGCUGGACGAGAGCGGCCUGGCCAAGCAGGCGGCCUCCGGGCUGGUGGGGCAGGAGAACGCCCGUGAGGCAUGUGGCGUGAUAGUAGAAUUAAUCAAAAGCAAGAAAAUGGCCGGGAGAGCUGUUUUGUUGGCAGGACCUCCUGGAACUGGCAAGACGGCCCUCGCCCUGGCGAUUGCUCAGGAGUUGGGUAGUAAAGUCCCCUUCUGUCCCAUGGUGGGAAGUGAGGUCUACUCCACAGAGAUUAAGAAGACGGAAGUGCUGAUGGAAAACUUCAGAAGGGCGAUCGGUCUGAGGAUAAAGGAGACCAAGGAAGUUUACGAAGGUGAAGUCACAGAGUUAACUCCAUGUGAGACGGAAAACCCCAUGGGUGGAUAUGGCAAAACCAUCAGCCAUGUAAUCAUAGGGCUUAAAACAGCGAAAGGAACCAAACAGUUGAAACUGGACCCCAGCAUCUUUGAAAGUCUGCAGAAAGAGCGAGUGGAGGCUGGGGAUGUGAUAUACAUAGAAGCAAACAGCGGUGCUGUGAAGAGGCAAGGCAGGUGUGAUACCUAUGCUACUGAAUUCGACCUUGAAGCAGAAGAGUAUGUUCCCUUGCCAAAGGGAGACGUGCACAAAAAAAAGGAAAUUAUUCAGGAUGUGACCCUCCACGACUUGGAUGUUGCCAAUGCUAGGCCCCAGGGUGGUCAGGACAUCCUUUCCAUGAUGGGCCAGUUAAUGAAGCCAAAGAAGACCGAAAUCACAGACAAACUUCGAGGGGAGAUUAACAAAGUGGUCAAUAAGUACAUUGACCAAGGCAUAGCAGAGCUGGUUCCAGGCGUGCUGUUCGUGGACGAGGUGCACAUGUUGGACAUUGAAUGCUUCACCUACCUGCACCGAGCCUUAGAGUCCUCCAUUGCCCCCAUCGUCAUCUUCGCUUCCAACCGUGGCAACUGUGUCAUCAGGGGUACAGAGGAUGUGAUCUCUCCUCAUGGAAUCCCCCUCGACCUUCUGGACCGAGUGAUGAUCAUCCGCACCAUGCUGUACACCCCACAAGAAAUGAAACAGAUCAUAAAAAUCAGAGCCCAGACUGAAGGGAUUAAUAUCAGUGAGGAAGCCUUGAACCACCUGGGGGAAAUCGGUACCAAGACCACCUUAAGAUACUCAGUGCAGCUCCUGACCCCAGCCAACCUGCUGGCCAAGAUCAAUGGGAAAGACAGUAUUGAGAAGGAGCAUGUGGAAGAAAUUAAUGAACUCUUCUAUGAUGCCAAGUCUUCAGCCAAAAUCCUUGCUGAUCAACAGGAUAAAUAUAUGAAGUAAAAUGAUGGUGGCCGUUUAACCCUUUUGAGUUGAAAAUGGAAAGUCACCAAGAAGAUGCCCUGGCCUGCUAAAACAGCAAAGAUGUGAGAAUGGAUAUUUCUGGAGCAGAGAAACCUCCGGACUUAAUGUCAGUGUUCCGAGUAAUGCGCAGUUAGUUAUAGUAUCAGUUUUUGUGUGACGCGAUUAAUUUAAAAUUAUAUCUUCUCCCAUAGUUGCUGUGUUUCAAACCUCACCUGAAAUAUCUUCUAAUAAAUCUUUUUAGUUUAUUUUGGUUAAAUUGCUUUUCUCUAUGCAGGGCUUUUCAUCCCUCAGCUGGGCAGGACAGAGAAACUUCAUAUAGAAAAGAGUGGCCCAGACCCUGCUGAAGCCUAUCCAAAACAGACGCUCAUGAGCUCUAUGGUUUGGGUUGUGGUUAGUCUAGGUCCCUGUGACAGUAGACUGCCUUCUCCCACACGCUCACUGAGCCAAAUGUCCUUUGAGAAAUGGGACUCCUUCCUUUCCUUUUCCAGGUCUGAUCCCAUGUACUCCAGCAGUGCUCUUAUCCAGCUCUGACUUGCAUGUCUAGCCACAUGUGUAGCUCGCACACUAGGAAGACCUGCUGGUUGGUUUUUAUCUUCCAUCUGUCCUCAUUGCCUUGACCAGAUGGGCAUUAGCCUUGUUCCCAAACUUAGACACAAACAGGCUUGUGAAUCGCCUUCAUCCUAGUGGACUUAGAAUUUUCAUAUAGCUAUAGACUUCCCCCCAAAUCAUGGAGAGUAUUUGUUUAGGGGUUAUCUCAAUGUUACCAGAGCAGGCUGCCUCCACUUAACACUCAGCGGAUGUGGACAGCCCAUGGUCUGUGGAGACAGAAGGCCUGGGUCUGCUGCGUGGCCUUGGAUUGGUGACCCUGCCACCUCUCUGCUUUGGACCUCUUGUGUGGGACUCACUCUGCUUGUGCCUCCUGCCUCAGAGGUUGCAGAAAGAGUGGCCUUUAAGACAUAAAGAUGCUGUAAACAUGUUUUCUU